UAUAUUAUCAGAGGGGUCCAAGUUCAUCGGAUGUACAUUAAGCAACACACAGACAAAUAACACUAGAUGUUUUGAGUGCAUUUGUAAAGCGGCAGCCCGACUGUUUAAAUAGCGCGAAUGAUCGAGAAUCACCAACAGUCAUUCACGAUAGCCUCCAGUUGACGGACGACAUUGCAAUGGAAAACGAAACGGUCAGCCUCGAAGCGAUAGUUAACAACAAUCUGACGGGCCGGGACUUACAGGAAUUUAAUAGAAUAUAUUACGGCAGAAGGGACCACAAUGAAUUGAAACUCAAAGAUUCUUCUAUCGCUGCAGCUAAAGAGGCCGACUUUGAAAUCGCGGCGUAUGGUUUUCCAGCUAAAAAGGAACAUACGAGACCACCGAGAAUAGUUAAGGUUGGCGUCAUCCAGCAUUCCAUAGCCGCGCCCACCGAUCGCCCGGUCAACGAGCAGAAGAACGCUAUAUUAGCAAAGGUUAAGAAGAUUAUCGACGUCGCCGGACAAGAGGGCGUGAAUAUUAUCUGUUUCCAUGAACUAUGGAACAUGCCCUUUGCUUUUUGCACUCGAGAAAAGCAGCCGUGGUGUGAAUUCGCAGAGUCUGCCGAAGAAGGUCCUACGACCCGCUUCCUCAAGGAGCUGGCUGUUAAAUACGCGAUGGUCAUAGUAUCAUCUAUACUCGAACGUGACGAGAACCACAGCGACAUCUUGUGGAAUACGACCGUCGUGAUCAGCGACACCGGCAAUGUGAUCGGCAAGCAUCGUAAGAACCACAUACCGAGGGUGGGCGACUUCAACGAGUCCAACUACUACAUGGAAGGUAACACGGGCCAUCCGGUGUUUGCGACUCGCUAUGGUAAGAUAGCUGUCAACAUCUGCUUCGGCCGGCACCACGUCCUCAACUGGAUGAUGUUCGGACUCAACGGUGCUGAGAUCGUCUUCAAUCCAUCUUGUACAGUCGCCGGGGAAGCCGGCAGUGAGUACAUGUGGAACAUAGAGGCGCGGAAUGCUGCGAUAACUAACUGCUACUACACGGCCGCUAUAAACAGAGUUGGGUACGAGGAGUUCCCCAACGAGUUCACCUCAGCCGACGGUAAACCGGCGCACAAGGACCUGGGUCUGUUCUACGGCUCGAGUUACUUCUGUGGUCCGGACGGUGUAAGAUGUCCCGGACUUUCCCGUACUAAAGACGGUCUCCUUAUUGCCGAAAUGGAUUUGAACCUGAACAGACAGAUAAGGGACCGUCGCUGCUACUACAUGACACAAAGACUCGACAUGUAUGCGGACAGUCUGAGGAAGGUCCUCGACUUGGACUACAAGCCACAAGUAGUACAUGAAAAUGAAAAGUAAAAAGGUUUUUUGAUAUUAUUGUUAGUUAACACUAAGUUUCCAUUACUAAACAUUUAUAUUAUUCAAUUAAAUA